CUAUAGUGUAUGAGUGAGUGUGUGUGUGUGCACUAGACGACUCUCCUCUACCUGUUGCUUUGCGAGUGUUUACCUCGAGGUAGAGCGUACAAAUCCGCUGUUGGUGCGACAACUCGGAACGGUACCUCAGGAACGAACUCGAAUACACUCGCGCUUUACAUUAAAUCCCAUCCAAAUUUGGACUCGAGAGGAAUCAAGUUGUAUUAUAUAUACCCAAUCAGACAAUCAGUUAUCGUUAUUUCUAGUUCUACAUACAGAUUAAUUUGUUAAAAGUGUGUGUUUAUUUAUAUUUUUUUUAUCAUUUUUUGGUGUUGUGAGUGUGCGUUUAUAACGAGCAGCAGCAGCAGCAGCAGCAACAGGAGAACAAGUUGGAUUGAGUUGAGGAGAAGUGAAAGAAUGGUAACGGAUCCUAAAAGAAUUGAUUGGUAGGCGGGGUAGACAUCGUAACGACAGAUAUCGAAGAUGGCGUUGAAACUAAAGAAGGAAAUAAAAAAGUCCUCGUACUAUGUGUGGUUCUUGGGCGCGAAGGAGGCGAAAGGGCUCAGAGGAAGCGAAUACAUACUACCCAUCAUAGAGAACUUGGAGGAACGUGAGAAGGACAUAGAGCCGUUCAAAGUUACGCUGCAGGUGUCGCACAAGGGUCUCAAGAUCGUGCAGAACAUCGUGUCGCAGGGCAACAAGAAGCCCAAGAACGAGACGAUAAAGCAUUUCAUACCGCACAACACAAUCACCUGCGUCCACCAGAAGGAUGACAUCAUAGCCUGCAUCCUGCUGCUCUUCAAUCCAGUAACAAAGUGCCCGCUCCACGUGCACGCCUACCGUUGCGACAGUUUGGAGACGGCCUCACUGCUGAAGCAUCAACUACAGACGUUGAUAGAGAAACCUGAGAAUCAGAAGAAGUUCGUUGAAAUCGAGGGUAGACUAGGCAGAUCGAGCCAAAACAACAACAACAACAAUAACAGCAACAAGAAGUUCGAGUCAUCGAUUGGCAGCGACACAGGAAACAGCACCAGAGAAAGCGAAAGCAGCGAGGAAAGGUUCGAGUCAACUUCACGCGUUGCAACCUUAUAUGAUUCCGUGGCCGCAGAACUCAGGGCUAAAUUGAACAAGAACGAUGUGCCCAUACUGCUGCCACCUAGGGAUUACGAUACGGUUCAUAGGCAGAAGGGAAAUCUGACGGGGAUCGAACUUAGGCGAUGUUUGAACAGCAACAUCGUCGGACAAAACGUGAAAGGUCGGAGGUUGGAGAGCAGCGGCGGAAGUUCCGGCAUCGGCUCUGAUCAUGCUCCUUCGCCGGAAUCACCGCCGGAAGUCAACGACAGGUACCACGGCAUGGAUGGACACAGCACAAGCGAUGAUGAUUGGAAUGGGGACAAUGAGACGUCCUUGUACCUGAUGGACACGGUUUCUUCUUCGCUGGGUCCAUCUAGUCGGGAAGAAAUUAAUGAUGCGACGAUUGGAAAUAAGUAUGAUUAUAGAGUGGAGAAGAGGAAUCCGCGACAGUUCGAUCAGAAGGCUUCGAGGCAAUACUUGGAAGAGCAUAUUAGGAAGAAGUUGGCAGCGAGGGCCGAGUUGGAGGAGAGUUAUAUGGAAAGGUACGUGGAGCCGCAGCCGAAGCCCAGGCAUCAUCAAUCUUCAGAAAGGUCUAGAAUGGAGAGGUACCAAGGGGAGAGUGAGCGAAGGAAGGAGAUGAAGGAGAGUUACGUGGACGAGGAGUACGAAUUCAAAGCUCCCAUACCGAAAGCGAGGCAAAAGUACCACAGAGACGACGAUUAUUACGAAAGACAGUACUACGAGGACACGUUGAAGAAACGAGCGGCCGCUUCGGGCAGGCAGAGAUCUCCCUCACCUAAAUACGUUGAAGAUAUUCCGGUGUCUCCGAGAGAUCGGUUCAAAGAUGCGAAAGAGAAAUUCCUUCUGCUGGAACGGGAACGCAUCGAUCAGGAGUUGAGAGCAAGGAAGGAAGCUGCAGCAGCUGCAGCUGCAGCAGCGGCAGCGAUACCCACCGCGAAGGAACGUAAAGCUUAUUACAAAAGUGACGAGCAGCCAAUUUCACCCGUACACAAGGAGAAACAUUACAUUAAACGACAAGAAAGUGUAAACUACAAUAACGACAGGUAUAACUAUGAGAGCGAAAGGGAAGGUCGUUACUAUGACGACAGGUACGGAGGAGACACGAUGCCGAAGCCUGCUCCUAGGACGCUUCACACCGAGGAAGUUAGGUAUAGGAGAGGUGAUCAGCAACAGAUGGUGGAAAGCAGCAGGUACAAAGAGAAGUACGACCCGAAGAGGCGAUCCAUGUUCAACCUGUCCAUAGAAGAUCACAAGAGGAAUCAAUCGGAAAUUGCGAAGGAGCUGAAGCGACGCUCGUACAUGGAGCAGCAGACGGACGACUUCUACAACGACGGUCACUUUUCUAAAUCCAACGGCGAUUUGGAUCAAGUAUCCGCAAGGUACGAUUCCUCCAAAUACGUGAAGAACCAGAAGAGUUCCAACUAUCGCAACAGCUACGCAGAGCCCAAGUACAAUUCGCGCAGCCAGGAACAGCAGCAGCAGAAGAAGUACGAAAUGUUGCACAGGACGAACAGCUCUGUCUCCAACAGCAACGGCCGAGUGGGUAUAGCGAGCGUUCAUCCAUAUUGAUCUUAUCUACUUACUACAAGACAGGACAAGAUCGAGAAGACAAGAAUAACUUUAAAAUUUUAACUAAUU